AUGGGAGAGCAUACCUGUGGCGUUGAUUAUGUCACGAGAAAGUAUAAGAAUGUCACCAUGGAGGUCAUUGCCUCACUUAUUUUGAACUUUUUCGUCGACAACAAAGGUCCAAGCCCGAAAGAGAUUAAGAGGAUCGUAUUUAGGGAGCUAAAUUGCAGGACGGGCUAUUGGAAGUGUUGGAUGGCAGACGUCAUUGCAAAGAAUAUAGUUCAAGGUACGCCUGAGCACGGAUAUGCAGUGUUUCCCGCAUUUUCAUAUAUUUUCAACAGCCUCAACCCUGGGUCUAUUAAUUCUCUCAUGGUCAUGAGGAGUCUGGUCAUUGCCAUUGAUGGAAUGUAUUUGUCCGGUAAGUACGAGGGCGUGUUGUUGUUCAUUGUCGCUCAAGAUACGCAGAAUCAUAUCUAUCCCUUAGCGUAUUGUGUGGUGGAUAAGGAGAAUGAUGCGUCGUGGGGCUUCUUCUUCGAGAAGCUUAAGGCCUUUGUCGUUGACGAACCAGAGCUGUGCAUUAUCUCCGACAGACACGUAAGCAUAGCCAACGGCCUCGCAAGGCAUUAUCCGCUUGCGCAUCAUGGUGUUUCCGAGGCGUAUACGUUGAAAGAAUUUAAUGACUACUUCAACGCCCUUAAAGAAAGAUGCCCCAGCACAGUAGCUUGCCUCGAGCAUAAAGUUGGAUUUGAAAAGUGGAGUCGGGCUCACUUUCCAGGUAAUCGAUUUAAUGUCAUGACCUCAAAUAUCAUCGAGUCGCUCAACUCAAUAUUGCGCGACGAAAGAGAGUAUUCAGUGGCGGCCAUUUUUAAUUCAAUUGCACAUAGGGUUGGAGAAAUAUUUAGGAAGAGGUAUGCAGAUAUAGACAAUUCAAAGACACCAUUUGUUCCUGUAGCCAAGGCGAUCUUGAGGGAAAACAAGAUCGUGGGGGACAAUUAUAUAAAAUACGACUUGGUGAAAUUGCCAUGCGCUCAUGCAAUGGCAGCAUUGCGUUUGAAGCACGGGGAUGAAUACGACACUAGCAUUUACAACUACUCUUCGCAAAUAUAUUCGAAAAAGUCAUACCUUCUUGUAUACUUGGAACCUAUUUGUGCAGCACCACUGGAGUCGAAGUGGAGUGUGGCGCGAGAGUAUCUUGGAGUACAAGUUCUUCCACUCGAUUUUGAUUCCAAACUCGGAAGGAAGAAGGUGAAACACGUUAAGAGUGUGUUGGAGCCUUUAAGGUACAAGAAAAGACACAAGUGCUCCAAGUGCAAAAAGCCGGGACAUAAGAGAAUAACAUGCAGCCUUAACGUAGGAUAA